UGCAUUUUACUGCAAAAAACUACAAAUUUAGUUGCUAUAUUUAUUUAUACUAUUAUAAAGAUUUUUAAGGACUAUUUCUUAGAUACAGCGCCUUUUAUUAAUAAUAUAAGAGUAGCUAGCCUAAAGUUAAAGUAUAAUAAUAAAAAAGUAUUAAAUAAAAUUUAUUAA